ACUUAACAAACAGACAAGGUUGAACGCGAGUUUCAAGGUAAAUCGGUGGAUUGGUCAGGUGUCUGUCUGAUGUCAAUGCGUGUGUCUUUGGCCUAUUGCGCUUUGUUCAGUUGAUCCCAUUUGUUCCCCUUCCAUAGCAGCCAUGUCGGGAACACACAUCGCCCCAUGGAGAACGCCGGCCCAGGGCCAUUUGACCCCCGAUGAUCAUGGAGAUGCCAAAACAGACUAUUCUCGCUGGCGACUACGGGAUGAUCGGGGUCGACAGACGUGGCACUAUCUCGAGUCGGAUGAGGAGUGCGAGAAGUGGCCGCAGACCGUGGCGGAUAAGUACUUUCUCGGCCUGCCUACGGGUCUUCCCGAGCUCCCAAAGCCCAAGACUCCACUCCAAUGUGCAGAAAACGGUCUGGAAUUCUUCUCCAAGCUCCAGCUUGAGCCGGGCAACUGGGCCUGCGAGUAUGGCGGGCCCAUGUUCCUGCUGCCGGGCCUGAUCAUCACCUACUAUGUCACGCAUACUCCCAUCCCCCCGGAGUAUGCGACCGAGAUCAAGAGGUAUCUCUUUGCUCGGCAGCAUCCGGAGGAUGGUGGCUGGGGUCUGCACAUCGAGGCUCACAGCUCGGUCUUCGGAACGUGCAUGAACUACGUUGCGCUGCGAUUGGUUGGGGUAAGUGAGGACGAUCCCCGCAUGAUCAAGGCCCGUGGGCUGCUCCAUAAGUUUGGAGGGGCGCUUUAUGGACCUCAUUGGGCGAAGUUCUUCCUCAGCGUGCUGGGGGUUAUGGAUUGGGAUUGCGUCAACCCUGUUCCGCCGGAGAUCUGGCUGCUCCCCGACUGGGUGCCAUUCGCUCCUUGGCGGUGGUGGAUUCACAUUCGACAGGUCUUCUUGCCCAUGUCUUAUCUGUGGUCUAGGAAGUUCGCUCAUCCGCUGGAUCCUCUUACUAAACAGCUCAGGCAAGAGUUGUACACGCAACCGUAUGAUUCGAUUGAUUUUGCCAGUCACCGCAAUUCGAUUCACGCCGCGGACAAUUACUACCCCAAGACGUGGCUGCUGAACACGUUGAACUCGGUGCUUGUCAACUUUUGGAACCCCUACUGCCGUGUGUCGGCGGUGACCCGGCGUGCGGAAGAGUGGACUUGGGAGCUUAUCCGAAUGGAAGAUGAGAACACGGACUAUGCUGGCUUGGGGCCGGUGAGCAAUCCCAUGAACAUGAUUGCGUGCUACGAACAUGACGGGCCCGAUAGCUACUCGGUUCGCCGACAUCGUGAGCGCUUAAAUGACUACAUGUGGAUGAAGAAUGAGGGCAUGUUGAUGAACGGCACCAACGGAGUGCAGGUGUGGGACACCACCUUCAUUAUUCAGGCUGUUGUCGUGGCUGGUUUUGCAGACGACCCGAAAUGGCGGCCAAUGUUGACCAGAGCGCUGGAGUUCGUGGAAGACCACCAGAUGCGCGAGAAUGUGCCGGAUCAAGGCAAGUGCUAUCGCCAACACCGCAAGGGUGCGUGGCCGUUCAGCACCAAGACGCAGGGAUACACAGUUAGCGACUGCACUGCCGAGGGCUUGCGGGCUACGAUCCAGCUACAGGAGAUGCACGACUUUCCAAAGUUGAUCUCCACAGAGCGACUUAAAGACAGCGUCGACUGUUUGCUGCUGAUGCAGAACCCUUCCGGAGGAUUCACCGAGUAUGAGACCACGCGUGGGUCAACUAAGCUCGAAUGGCUCAAUGCGGCGGAGGUAUUCGGUGGUAUCAUGAUUGGUUACGACUACCCCGAAUGCACGACAGCGUCCGUGACUGCACUCUCCCUCUUCAGCAAGUACUUCCCCGAUUACCGCGCGGAUGAGAUCCGAGCCGCCAAAGAGCGCGCAGUCAAGUAUAUCAAGCGGGUGCAACGGGCUGACGGCAGCUGGUAUGGAUCGUGGGGGAUCUGUUUCACGUAUGCUGCCAUGUUUGCGCUCGAGAGUUUGGCGAGCAUUGGCGAGACGUACGAGACCAGCGCGGACUCCCGCCGUGGCUGUGAGUUCUUGGUGGCCAAGCAAAAGGAAGACGGCGGCUGGGGUGAGUCGUACCUCAGCAGUGAGAAGCAUGUGUACGUGCAACAUGAGAAGUCACAGGUAGUACAAACGGCGUGGGCCUGUCUGGCCUUGAUGGAGGCGGGCUAUCCUCACAAGGAACCCCUGGAGCGGGCGAUGAAGCUGCUGAUGUCGCGCCAGCAGGCCAACGGAGAGUGGCUGCAGGAGUCUAUCGAGGGAGUGUUCAAUCAGUCCUGUAUGAUCUCGUAUCCUAACUACAAGUUGUACUGGCCGAUCCGGGCUCUGGGACUGUAUGCACGCAAGUUCGGCAAUGAUGCCUUGUGAAGUACGAGGAGAGAGCACUGUAUCUGCUUAGAUGUACUACUGUAUCAUGUAAUAGAAUAAU